AUGCUCGAGGUGCUGGUGCUGAAGAUUGAAGAUCCAGGUUGUUUCUGGGUUAUUAUAAAAGGAUACAGUCCCUUUCUAGAUCAUGAAGUUGACUAUCAAAAACUACAUAGUGCCAUGAAUGACUUCUAUAAUAGCAUGUGUCAAGAUGUAGAAAUCAAGCCACUAAUGUUGGAAGAAGGGCAGGUUUGUGUGGUUUAUUGUCAAGAACUGAAGUGCUGGUGCAGGGCUGUUAUUAAGUCAAUUGUGUCAUCGGCAGAUCAUUACCUGGCAGAAUGUUUUUUGGUGGAUUUUGCCAAGAAUAUUCCAGUGAAAUCUAAAAACAUACGUGUUGCAGUGGAAAGUUUUAUGCAGCUUCCGUACAGAGCGAAGAAAUUCAGGUUAUAUUGCACACAGCCUGUUACCUUACACAUUGACUUCUGUGAAGACAGUGCUGAAAUUUUACCCUCCAAGAAGUGGGACAGUGCCGCUGUUCAGUAUUUUCAGAGCAUUCUCAAAGAGACUUCCCAGGUGGAAGCCAAAUUAUGUGCUGUGGAAGAAGAUACUUUUGAGGUUUAUCUUUAUGUAACGAUAAAAAAUGAAAAGGUUUGUGUUAAUGAUGAUCUGGUUGCAAAGAACUUUGCUUGUUACGUAUCACCCAUGGAAAACAAAAGCCUUAAUGGCUUAGAGAAGCCAAGAAUGAAUCUAAAGUCAGCAGCCUUUUCCAGUAAACUCAACCCAGCACUCACUCUCUGGCCAAUGUUUGUGCAAGGAAAAGAUGGCCAAGGAAUGAAAAAUUCCCAGGAUUUGGCUUUUCUGAUACAGUCUCUGCGGCCUCCCUGGCCCAAGAGUGUCGAGCUAGGACCAGCCUCUUCAUCCCUGGCACUGUCGAAGACAAAAUCUGAAAAGGAAGAACAGUGCCUCUCCCUGAAAGAUGUAAACAAGUGUGUUGAAUCUUCAGUGUACUGGCCCACAAAGAGAGGCAUAACUAUAUAUGCUGAGCCCGAUAUACCAGCCCCCAGUACUUUGUGUCAGAAGCCAAACGAGAAAUCCUUCAGAUUGGCCGAGAAGAAAGAAUAUGAUGAGAAGAAUGGCUGUGUGAAAUUAUUGCAGUUUUUAAAUCCAGAUCCGCUGAGAGCUGAUGGAAUCUCUGAUUUGAAGCAGUUACAGAAACUGAAGUCAGGCACCUGGCAGCCCUUUGCAGUACUCCGUAACAAAGUGGAACCGUGCUUGUCUAUGGAUGUGGCACCACUUUCCACGGACCUGAAAAAGGCUCUUCAAAGGAACAAGUUUCCAGGACCGAGCCACACUGCGUCUUACGCGUGGCCUCCCAUCGCGCGGGGCUGUGAUGUGGUGGUCAUCUCCCACUGUGGAAACGACCCAUUGUUGUACCUCCUGCCACUGCUCACAAUUUUGCAAACAGGGGGCUGCUACAAGUCACUACCGAGUAGAAACGGACCUCUGGCCGUCAUCGUGUGCCCUGGCUGGAAGAAGGCCCAGUUCAUUUUUGAGUUGCUGGGGGACUAUAACCUGUCGUCCAAGCCUCUUCACCCCAUGCUACUGACAAUUGGACUCCACAAAGAUGAAGCCAAGAACAUGAAGCUUCCAAGAGGGUGUGAUGUGAUUGUCACGACACCACAUAGCCUCCUGAGAUUGCUCAAAUACCAAAGCUUGUUGUUUCUUAGACUCUGUCACCUCAUUUUGGAUGAGGCAGAAGUACUGUUCGUUGAAGCUAAUGAACAAAUGUUUGCUAUAUUAGAUAACUUUAAAAAAAAUACUGAGGUUGAAGAAAGGGAGUCUGCACCACAUCAGAUUGUCGCCGUUGGCGUCCACUGGAACAAACACAUAGAACAUUUAAUCAAGGAAUUCAUGAAUGACCCGCACAUCGUGAUCACCGCCCUGGAGGAGGCCGCGCUUUAUGGCAGUGUCCAACAGAUAGUGCACCUUUGCCUCGAAAGUGAAAAAACCUCCACUUUGCUCCAGACUCUUGAUUUUGUUCCCAGUCAAGCACAAAAGACCUUGAUUUUCACUUGUUCAGAAGCUGAGACGGAGAUCGUGUCUAAGGUUGUAGAAAGCAGUUCAAUAUUUUGCCUGAAAAUGCACAAAGACUUGAUCUUUAACAUGAAGAGUGUUUUAGAGCAGUGGAAGAAGAAGUUAAGUUCUGGCUCUCACAUUGUGUUAGCCUUAACAGAUGACUGCAUCCCACUCUUGGCCAUCACUGAUGCGACCUGUGUGAUCCACUUCAGCUUCCCUUCUUCACCCAAGAUUUUUGGUGCACGCCUCUAUUGCAUGUCUGAUCAUUUCCAGGGUACAACCGAACAGGGAUCUCCCGCAGAGCAGGGAGACAGGAAGACCAAGUCUGUCUUGCUGCUGACAGAGAGAAACGCAUGCCAUGCAGUCGGUAUUCUUCGCUACUUGGAACGAGCAGACGCCAAGAUCCCGUCCCAGCUGUAUGAGUUCACAGCAGGAGUCCUGGAAGCCAAAGAAGAUAAGAAAGCGAGAAGGCCUCUCUGUCCAUACCUUAAGGCUUUUGGGUUUUGCAAAGACAAAAGGAUAUGUCCUGACCGACAUCAUAUUAAUCCAGAAAUAGACAUGUCAAGGAAAUUUUCAAACCAGGAUCUACCCAAGUUUGGUUACAUUAAAAUUAUACCCUUUUAUAUUUUGAACGCAACAAAAUACUUUGGUCGUAUAAUUGAUAAACAUGUGGAUCUUUAUGAAACUCUGAAUGCUGAAAUGAAGGCAUAUUUUGAAGAUUUUAAUAAUAAAACAACUGUUGAAAAGGUGGAGAAAUUUGGAUUAUAUGGAUUGGCAGAAAAAGCAGUUUUUCAUAGGGUCCAGGUGUUGGAGAAGAGUGCAAAGGAAGACACCUACGUCUUGGACAGUGUCCUGGUCAAUUUCAUAGAUGAGGGCAGGACGGGGCUUGUCACCCGAGACCAGCUGCUGCAUCUCCCAGACCGUUUCCACACGCUGCCCCCACAAGCCAUGGAGUUUAUCGUGUGUCGAGUCAAGCCCGCCGAUAGCGAAAUUGAGUGGAAUCCAAAGGUUACUAGGUAUAUUCAUCACAAAAUUAUUGGAAAACCACAUGAUGCAAAAGUGAUACUGGCUUUGGGGAAUACGGUUUGGAUCGAUCCAAUGGUGCACAUCACCAAACUUUCAAAUUUGAAAACUUCUAUCAUUGAUUAUAACGUUCGAGCUGAAAUUCUGUCAAUGGGCAUGGGUGUUGACAAUUCAGAACAUAUCGAACAACUGGAGAAAUUAUUCAAAGAAGUGCUGCCCUGUGAAGAACACCCGAUCCCGACAACCUUCUACCCCCACGUCAGGUGGUUCCAGAAGGAUGACGUGGUCAUACUGAGAAUAAGGCUGAGGAAUGUGAAAGAUUACAAGUGUAAAUACUUUCAAGAUAGAGUUGUUUUCAGCGCCUGGGUAGAAGACAGAUUUUACUUGGCUGACAUGGUCCUGGAGGCCAACAUCAUAAAGGACGACUGCAAAUGCCUGAUCAAGAAUGACGAGCCUGUCAUCACUCUUGUAAAAGAGAAGAGGGAAUCUUGGUGCAGCUUGCUCAAACAGAAGAAUCCUAAUGUGGCCUUUGACUUUGAUCACUGGGAAGAAUGCGAGGAGGACAGCCACUUCUCCAAGGGUGUCCACUCGAAACCCCUGCCCUGCAAAGUGGCUGAGGUCAUGGAGAAUGGUGACAAAAUGUCAGAAGAGAAGGGCAGCGAGAGUGACUGA